AUCUCCAAAGCUUUUUCAGAUUCUUACCAACUAUGCCUCCAAAAUCAGCGAGAAAGACACCUACAGGUUCUGGAUCCAAAAGAGGUGGCCGUACAUCUCGUGCCACGCCAAAGUCUCUUGAGGAACCAAUGGAAGAAGAGAGUAAGGAUAACGCGGUGGAGCUCAAACAAGAAUUCAAAGUCCCUGAAGAAAAGCCGGAGCCUGAGCAACCGUUGAAUGCCAAAGCUGUACAGAACAAGAUAAAAUUAUGUUUGGAUACGAGGCUCUUAUUUUCUCCAUCUACUGGCUUGGGAGGCGAUUUUUUUUUCCUUGUGGCAGAGGUGGAUGAUGUGAAAGAAUCAGUCGAUCAAUAUGAAAAGGGUGAGCGAUUAGAUUUGGAGGAUAAUGACCCUGAAUAUGACCCUGAAGAGUAUGGCACUGUUGAUUAUGAUGAGAGAGGAAUUGAAAAUGAUGAUAUUCAGGAAGAGGGAGAUGAAAUAGAGGAAGAACCUGAAGAGGUAGAUGUUGAUGAAGAGGAAGAGGGUGAUAUGGUGGAAGAGGAUGUUGAAGAUGUUCAUGAGGAAAUUGAGGGCGAUGAAGAAAAUGAGCAUGCUGGGGAGGAGCAUGCUGAGAUGGUUCAUGCCGCUGAGGAGGAAGAACAUCAUGAAGUUGUUAAAGAAAGGCGUAAGCGGAAGGAAAUUGAAAUAUUUGUUGGUGGUUUGGACAAGGAUGCUACUGAGGAUGAUCUCAGGAAGGUCUUCAGUAAAGUUGGCGAGGUUACUGAAGUGAGGCUUAUGAUGAAUUCUCAUACAAAGAAGAAUAAGGGAUUUGCAUUCCUGCGAUUUGCCACUGUAGAACAAGCAAAACGAGCUUGUACUGAGCUGAAAAAUCCAGUGAUCAAUGGAAAACAGUGUGGUGUCUCUCCAAGUCAAGACAAUGAUACUCUGUUUUUGGGUAACAUAUGCAAGACCUGGACAAAAGAAGCUUUAAAAGAGAAGCUGAAGCAUUAUGGUGUUGACAAUAUUGAGGAUUUGACGUUGGUCGAAGACACUAAUAAUGAGGGAAUGAAUCGAGGAUUUGCUUUCUUGGAGUUCUCUUCACGUUCAGAGGCCAUGGAUGCUUUUAAGCGGUUACAAAAGAGAGAUGUUAUGUUUGGUGUUGAUAGGCCCGCAAAGGUUUCUUUUGAGGAUUCAUUCAUUGAUCCUGGGGAUGAAAUCAUGUCACAGGUCAAAACAGUGUUUGUUGAUGGCCUUUCUGCAUCCUGGGACGAGGAUCAUGUGCGGGAGUUUCUUAAAGAAUAUGGGAAGACUGAAAAAGUUGAGCUUGCCAGAAAUAUGCCUUCAGCCAAGAGAAAGGACUUCGGAUUUGUCACCUUCGACACCCAUGAGGCUGCAGUUACUUGUGCUAAAAGUAUUAAUAAUGAGGAAUUGGGUGAAGGAGAUAACAAGGUUAAAGUUAGGGCCAGAUUAUCAAGACCCCUUGAGAGGGGCAGAGGGAAAUAUGGUGGACGAGGAGAUUUGCGACCUUGGCGUAUGUCCAUGCAUGGUCCCCGUGCCCCUUGGGGUCGUAUAGUGCCACAUAGUCAUGCUAUUCGAGGGACUAGAGUUAGUACACGCAUGCCUCCUGUAGUUGGUCGUGGUUUCAAACGACCUGCAGGAUCGAGAGAUAGACGGGCAGUGAUGGAUUUGCCUCCUAGGGGAAGACCCACAGCUCCACCAUCUAGCAGGUCAUAUGACCGAAGACCACCUGUUCCCUCAUAUCCAAAGAGUAGCUUGAAGAGGGAGUAUGGACGGCGCGAGGAAAUCCCUCCUCCCAGAAGUAGAGCAGUAGCUGAGUAUCCUUCGAGGGUUCAUUCUGACAGACGUGCAUCCUAUAGGGAUGAGUAUUCUUCCCGUGGCUCUGGUUACCCUGAAUUGCCUAGAGGUACUCACUCUGCAGCAAGGAGAGCUUAUGUUGAUGAUGGAUAUGGGCAACGGUUUGAAAGGCCCCCUCCAUCUUACCGCGAGGGACGUGAUCGUGAAUAUGACUCUGCGUCUGGUUCAAAACGUCCAUACACUGCAGUGGAUGAUGUUCAUCCCCGCUAUGCUGAGGCAGGAGUGCGGCAUUCUCGUGCUCGUUUGGAUUACGAACUAGGCAGUGGACGUGGCUCCCAUUAUGGAGAUGCAUAUGGUGACAGUAGACUUGGGAGAUCAAAUCUUGGAUAUGGUGGCAGUAGGGGCUCCCUUUCAGGUCAAGAUUCUCAUGGGAUGUAUAGCAGUCGUCAGGAUAUGGGUUAUGGUGGAGGAUCCUAUGGUGGAAGUGAUGUAGGUGGAAUGUAUUCAUCCAGCUAUGGUAGUGAUUACAUGUCUCGUGGCAGCGAUGUUGACUCGGUUUAUACUAGUCAUGGUUUGGGUGGCAGUGGUUAUACGGGAAGUGGUGGUUCUGGAUCAUACUACUAAUAAGAUUUGAGUUGACAAAAGAGCCUGCAGUUGGAUCUGUUAAUAUGGAAGCCCUAUGCAUUGACAUGCCUCUUGGAGAGAUGGAGUUCAUCUAUUAUCUGUUGCCUCUGUGUAUGUGGGGCUAGAGAAUUUUGCAUUGGAGAGGCUGUAUUUCUGUGAAGCAUCUUGGAUUUUGAUUGGGAAACAAGACACCUGUUCCUUUUCUGAUGUAAGGAAAUUUGAGCUAUAUAGAGCAAACAGAGAUCUAUUUAUUUCUGGUGUCUGCACAUGCACUAUUUUCUAGUGGUUUCUUCUUUUAAGAAUUUUCUGGAGAAGUGGAGGAAGUAUGCUCCAUGAUUAUUUGAAAGAAAAUGAUGCCAAAAGCUCAACUUACCAGUUUUCUAGUUGUAAUUCUUAGGAUAUACUACAAUGAAGGAUCCAUGGGAGUUUU